AGCCUCUCGUCGGGGCAGUACGAGAUCGACCCCCCGCUUGACUUUAAACGAACACUCGCUUACGUGUGGAGUGCAGUGAUUUUUGUUCAGUGCAGUUUCGUGUUUAAAACGACAUUUUAAAAAUCGAGAUCAUUGUUCAAAAAUGUGAACGGCGUGCGAAUGCGUCGACGCCUGUGAUGUGCCCUCUAAUAUGCAGUGUGGCGGCCUCUACUUCGUGUGUCUAGCAUUGUGCUGUCUGCAUACCGAAUCGGAACCACUCCGCCUACCCGAAGACUACAGCACUAAUGUUCGGAGACGUCGAAGCGAUGAGAAGGACGGCCUUGCACUGUCCAGGGAGAUAUUCAAAAACAUCACGAAGCAUCUCCGUGAAAAUAUCAGACGCGAGGGAGCGACUGACAAGAAUGAUAAUUUAUUACAGAGUAAGGUAGAAGAGUCGCGGCAGUAUGUGCCCUAUCAAGGGUACCAUCACCACGAGCAUCACUGGGGUCCAUAUUUCGAGGAGGAGAAGCUCACGCAUAUGGCUGUUCACAUCGGUGCCGAAGCCAUGCUGAGCUGCAGGGUUUCUAUGCUGAAGGAUAAAACGGUAAUGUGGUUGCGCAACACAACCGACUCGGCGCAGCUCCUCACAGUGGGACCUGGCACUUAUGCAGGCGAUAGUCGAGUAAAAGUAAAAUUCCAAUAUCCCAACAACUGGAGGCUCAGCAUGAACCCGGUCAAGGCCACUGACGCAGGCCUUUAUAUGUGCCAAAUAUCUACUCAUCCGCCAAGGACUAUUUUCGCUAACUUAACUGUAUUGCCUCCAUUAAUAACAAUAAAUGGUGAUCAAACACAUGAAAUGAAAGACAGAUUUUACAAGGCCGGUAGUUCUAUAAAACUUUCCUGCAUCAUAUCAGAUGAAUAUUUACCUUCAGUCCCGACGAAAGCAACAGUUACAACCCAAAUGCCUACAACAACAAACAAACCAUUAACAACAACAACAGAAAUGACUACUCGUAUGAGUACAGUAUUCAACAGAAUAGAUGUUAUGUUGAAUAAGAGUUGGAGUGUAGAGACAACCACAGUAACUUCAACCGUUAGUAUAAGUACGACUUCUAAGAAACCUGAUACAACCACGAGCGUACAAACAACAGCAGUUCCAACAACACCACUUGUAGUCAAUAAUGUUUAUGGACUAGCUUGGAAAAAACAAGGGAAGGAUUUCUUCGAUAAUAUCACUUGGAGGAAUUUAAGUGCCACAAUAAGUGUAGCGUCCGCAUCACAAAACGACUCAGGCACGUACACGUGCUAUUUACAAAAUCAUUCUCAAGUUACAAUCAACGUCCAUGUUUUAAUUGGUGAGAACCAAGCAGCUGUUCACCACGACACAGGGAACAAGGGGUGUCUUUUCUGGCAACCACACUUAGUUGUAAUAUCUGUCAUAGCGUUACUGUUGUUUUUCACUUGAAGUGCUCAGUUUAGAAUAAUAUUUAUAACCUUUAGAAAAUAAAAAUGGAUAUGUUACAUUAUAGUUCAACAUUUUUACGUUGUUCAAGAAAAAUGUUGAUAUUUUUAUGUUUUGUUCUAAAGAACAAUACAAUUCUCAUUUUCGUUGAAUAAACAACCAGUGACUUUCACCUAAAAAAUGUAAUGCAAAUUUCAGGUAAAAAUCUUUACAUCCCCGUUCAGAUUGGAAGCUUUGUUUUCGUUCGAUUGAGGCUUGUCAAUGACAAGCUUGAUGCCGUAUUUAUUUGCAUAUUCAAUGGAACAAAAACAGUGUCAAAGGAAACCAAGCGGUUUCAACAGACUUUUUCCUAACGAAAUUGUAUAGUUUAAAUAACUUUUGGUACCGACAGUAUUCGGUUAGAACGUUCUCAUGUGAGAUAUUGUGUCUUUUUUACUUUUUAAAUUCCACUCAGACUUUUGAUUGUAUUUUUUACUUAAUUGAUAUCGUUAAGCGGUAGGCGAUCUGCAUCGUACAAUUAUCGUAGAAUCAUUCUUUUUGGCCAUUAUUUGUAAAAUAUUAGUUCCAUUUUCAUAUUUCACUGCACG